UCAGGCAGCAGGUUUUAACUCGCCAUGGGCAAAUGGCAUGAUGGGAACGCAAAGCCUGACUGGCAGAAACGCAACGAAGUGCGACAAACAUGGAAGCAGGCUCAGGCGUGGCCUCCGGCGCCUGCCGUGCCAGCGCCUGCUGCAGGAAGCGCCUGGCCCAAGACUGGAUGGCAGCCAUGGCCAUGGCCCGCCCCAUGGCCCAAUGCGAAGGCCAAGGCCAAGAAGAAGGAAGAUGAAGAUCCAACCGUUGCGAUCUCCAAAUACCUCAGUGGAGUCUUGCGGCACAAUGCUGUGGAGCUUGGCCUAGAAGUCCGUGAAGACGGAUACGUAUCUGUGGCCAAGAUUCUGGAGCUGGAGUAUUUCAAGACCAAAGGGUUGACGGAGCAGAACAUACGUGACCUGGUCGAAAUGAACGAGAAGAAGAGAUUUGGUUUGAAAGACCUGAAUGAUGAGCUUCACAUCCGAGCACAUCAGGGGCAUAGCAUAAACCAUGUGCAGGAUACCGAGCUCCUGGAAGAGAUUCCCGAGACGGAGGAGUUGCAGACACUUUGUCAUGGCACCUUCUCAACGAAGUGGGAAAUGAUCAAAGAAGAAGGUUUGAGGACAAUGGGCCGCAACCACAUCCACCUUGUGAGCAAAGAUCUGUCGGCAGAGGAGAAUAGGACCUCAGUCAUCAGUGGCACAAGAGGAGACUUUGACACGAUUGUUUUCGUGGCAACAGCCUUGGCGAGAGCAGAGGGUAUCACUUUUUUUCGUAGUGAAAAUGAUGUUGUCCUGACCCGUGGCCUUGAACGGGCAGAAGGGGGAGGUUAUUUGCCAACCUGGCUUUUUGAGAAGGUCAUGAUGUGGGACUGGCAGGAAAAUCGCUGGAAUUGCGCAGAUACGUGAAGCGCACAGGUCAAUGAAUCCGGGUCUUCCUGGAAUCGGCUCUGCACUCAAUGGUGCAAAGUAAAGAUCGGGCCGGAUUGAGAGUCAAUUUUAAGAUGACCCGCCAAAA